AUGAGUGAGCUAUUCAAUUACCUUCUUGAUAAUGAGCCCCAGUUUCGUCGAGCAAGACUUGCAGCCUUGUACUCUGACUUCCGCCAACAGCAGACAUUAAAUCCAGAUGGCUAUCAAGCAAAUAUCGAAGCAUGGCAAAAGGCACUGGCAAAGGCGGCGAGAGCUGGAGUUAUGCCAUCACAAGGGUCGAGUCCCGAUUUACUGAUUUUGAGGGCCGAUGACGAAUUAUUGCGCGCAUUAGAUACGAAUGAAUGGGGAAGACCUUUAUCUUUGGGAGCUGUUUUUCAAGAAGCAAUCGCGAAGAAAGAAUUGAUGCCUCUGGGAGAUUUUAUGAAUGCUACCGACAGUAUAUACAACAGGUCUUGGAGUAUAAAGCCUUGGGAUAUAGUAGGAUGGGGAUUGAAGCAAAUUGGCAUAUCUUUUGGAGGAGGCAAGCUGCCGGGUGGUAAAUUGGUCAUUCUUGGAAAUGUCGAGGAAGCAGCCAAAGUAUUCGCAGGGAAAAGUGGUACAAAGACAGGGAGGGUGGGAAGGAUAUAUUCCAGAAGAAUGUUCAAAGAGGAGUUCGGCAAUGUUCUUGGGGAGCAUCCUCUUUCAGAUGUCGAUUUGGAUGCUUUCUUGAAAUUCCUUGCAAGGGACAAGAAAAUUAUAGCCUGUAAUGGCGAGACCAUCAAGCUGAAAGCACCAACAGACACAAAAACUCCAACGAUAACUCAAGAGGAUACCUCGAUAGCAUCAUUAAAAUCUCUGAUUGCUGAUCUUGAGAUUCAAACAAAAUUGUUUGCGGAAAAGGUCGACAUCAUGGAGCGCACAGCGAAAGAAGCCGUUGCAAAGAAAAAUCGUGUGUCAGCUCUGGCAGCCCUGAGGUCGAAGAAAAGUGCCGAAACUACUCUUGCAAAUCGACAUGCUACUUUAUCACAAUUAGAAGAAGUGCUUUCUAAGAUAGAGCAAGCAGCUGAUCAAGUUGAUCUUGUCCGAAUCAUGGAGUCCAGUACAAAGGUUUUGUCAAGUCUCAACAAGGAGAUUGGUGGUGUAGAGAGAGUGGAUGACGUGGUUGAUCAAUUGAGGGAGCAAAUGGGACAAGUCGAUGAGGUCGGAGAUAUUAUCGCUGAGCCUGGACAAACGAAUGUGGUGGAUGAGACCGAGGUGGAUGAAGAAUUGGAAGCUAUGGAGAAGGAAGAGACGAGGAAGAUUGAAGAAAAAGAACGUCUGGUCAAGGAGGAGAAAGAAAGAAAGGAGGCUGCAGAUACAAAGCGCAAGUUGGAUGAGUUGGAGGAAGUGGAACGACAAGCGAGAGAGGCCAAGAAAGAAGACGAAGUUGUUGUUGAGAAUACACAGGGCUUACGACGAAUGUCUCUAGAACCAGAGCCAAUAUCAGAGCACGCUUGA